ACUAAAUAAAGCAGGGGCCCAAGGACCGGUUUUUUUUUUUUAAUUAGUGUGAUUUUAGUUUUGGACCGGUUUUAAAAUUGAUAAGACACUCCCGUCCCGUGCAGGUGAUCAAAUGAUUCGGAAACAGAUGAGAGAGAGGUCGGAAAGGCUUGGGUUCGCCAUUCGCCUGUAUGAUCGAUCAUAUUGAAUAUUUGUUUGUUGGUGAGUUUGUUAUUUGAUGAAGAGACAGAUUUUGUGUAGUCAAUCCAAGGCCUUAUUAUUGUUGGACAAGUACAACAAUGCUGCUGCUGCUCUUGGUAUUCGGAAACUUCCAUUAUCGGCGCAGAUGGGCAGCGCUGCCACUCCGGCUGACUUGACUACUGACUCAGACAUUUCAGAAGGCGAAGACUGGUACGCCUCCCAUGUCAUCCAAGACAAGGACCUUCUCCGCAAGAGUCUCACAGAUUCGGGAACAACAGGGCUCCAUGUUCUGGACUUGGUUAAUCGCGCUUCUUUGGAAGCUGACCGGACCCUGUACAAUAAGCUGCUUAACAAAUGUACCCAGACUGGCCAACUUAAACAGGCCAGAAUUGUCCGUGCUCACAUCCUUACUUCCAAGUUCAACGAUGACCUUCCCAUCCACAACACCAUUCUCAACACGUACGUCAAGUGCGGCAGCUUGGACGACGCCCACAAGCUGUUCGAUGAAAUGCCUCACAGGGAUUUGGUCACCUGGACAGCCUUGAUCUCUGGCUAUUCUCAACAUGAUCGACCUGAGGAAGCACUUGUUCUGCUUCCUCAAAUGCUUCGCCAUGGACUGCAACCCAACCAGUUCACGCUGUCUAGCUUGCUCAAGGCUGCUGGUGCUGGGCCUGACCCUGAUGAUAAGCACGGCAGGCAGCUUCAUGCCCACUGCUUCAAGUGCGGUUUUCAUUCCAAUGUUUAUGUGGGCACUUCUCUCGUGGACGUGUAUGCUAGGUGUGGCCGUAUGGACGAAUCCCAGAUCAUCUUUGACGCUCUCGACACCAAGAAUGAGGUGUCUUGGAAUGCUUUGAUCGCCGGGCAUGCUAGGAAGGGUCAAGGAGAGCAUGCUCUGAGGUUGUUCUGGAAGAUGCUGAGGGGAGGAUUCAAGCCCACUCAUUUCACUUAUUCUAGUGUGUUUACUGUGUGUGCCAGUGCAGGGUCUAUGGAGCAAGGUAAGUGGGUUCACUCCCAUAUGAUCAAAUCGGGUGUUCACCUUGUUGCUUUUGUUGGGAAUACUCUUCUCGACAUGUAUGCCAAGUCAGGCAGCAUUGAUGAUGCUAAAAAGGUAUUUGACCGGUUGGUUAGACGAGACAUUGUUUCUUGGAAUUCGAUGCUUACUGGAUACUCCCAGCAUGGGCUUGGGAAGGAAACUGUGCAGCUGUUUGAAGAAAUGCUUAGGAUUGGAAUUCAACCUAAUGAUAUAACAUUCCUCUGUGUUCUUACUGCCUGUAGCCAUGCUCGCCUCUUGGAUGAAGGACAGUAUUAUUUUCACUUGAUGAGGAAAAGGUUCAAAAUAGAACCACAGGUUUGGCAUUACGUUACAAUGGUUGAUCUUCUUGGCCGAGCAGGUCUUCUUGAUAGAGCUGACAAGUUCAUAAGAGAAAUGCCGAUUGAACCCACUGCAGCUGUCUGGGGAGCCUUGCUAGGUGCUUGUAGGAUGCACAACAACAUCGACUUGGGUGCCUAUGCUGCUGAGCGUGCUUUUGAUCUUGAUCCUUAUGAUUCAGGACCCUAUAUUAUACUCGCUAAUAUGUACGCAUCUGCUGGAAGAUUGAAUGAUGCUGCAAAAGUGAGAAAGAUGAUGAAAGAGAGUGGAGUGAAAAAGGAACCUGCCUGUAGUUGGGUGGAGAUUGAGAAUGCAGUCCACAUGUUUGUGGCAAACGAUGAUGCACACCCGCAAAGAGCAGAGAUAUAUAGGAUGUGGGAGAUGAUUAGCAAGAAGAUAAAGGAGGUCGGAUACGUUCCAGACACUAGCCAUGUACUCUUCUUUGUGGACCAGCAGGAGAGGGAAGUCAAGUUGCAGUUUCACAGUGAGAAGCUUGCACUCGCAUUUGCGCUUCUUAACACUUCUCCUGGAUCCACCAUCCGGAUCAAGAAGAACAUCAGGGUUUGUGGUGAUUGUCAUUCGGCAAUCAAGUACGUCUCAAAGGUGGAAAGGCGAGAAAUCAUUGUGAGAGACACCAAUCGGUUCCAUCAUUUCCGUGAUGGCUCUUGUUCUUGUGGGGACUAUUGGUAGCGCAUUGGCAUCCUAUAGUUCACAUGUGGGACAAUUUUCUUCUUAAUACAAAGAGGGAUUCAAGGCUUCUGCAUACAUCAUAAGUCAUUAGAUGGUUACUGGCCGGUUCUUUCUGGAAGCAACUUCACGUACAAGGUAAUGUCAUAUUAUUGCCAGCAGUGGAUCUGAUGUGCUAGGCCAUUGAAUGAGGGGAAAUGUGUGCCGAAAUGCUUUUAGUUAUGAAUUUCGAGAAUAGGCCAUACAACCACAAAAGCUCAAAUGCAAGUUCUUCUGUCGUAUUUAAGAUCAUUAUUUAUCUGGCCCAUAAAGUUUCAGCUAACCGUGAGCUGCAAGGCAAAAACCUAGGAAGAGCUUUCAUAAAGAUGACGAGGUAUCAUAUCUUAUGUUACAAUGUUGAUGUGUUGAAUUACGAUAUUUUCUCGUCUCGUGAAUACAAUUGGGGGAUGCUCAUUAAUAUAUUUCUUGAAUACAGUGUGAGGACAUGAGGCUGAUUACUAUACUUCUUGAACACAAUAGAUGAUAUAUAUACUUCUUAUAUGUGUAAAUCAUACAGGUCGAGCAUAUAAAGGAUGAGUCAUGUAAAACGGUUAUUGAAUUUUGUACAGAUUUUCAGUCAUAUAUACCAUCACAGUAUUAUCCUACAUUCUGCUGUGUAUGCCUCUCCUAUCUAAAGAUCUUAACAUGUAUGAAUGCAAUGAAUGGAGCUUCCCUUUCCCAGCUUCUGGCAUGUUUUAAUUGAAGGAAAAAAGAAUGUUAUAUGGAGAGAUUAGUAUGAGCCUGUUUUAUCUGUUCAAGACUUGCAGUCUCCAAAACAAGCCUUUAUAUCUGUGCCUACCGGAGCAUAGAAAAAUGCUGCUGUAUUUUCUGGCCAGUUAUAUGCCCGAGGGAGAGAAACAAGAAAACAUUGUUAGUCAAUAAAAUAUGGAUUGGAUCUUCGUGUUCUCUCUCUCUUUCUAAUAUUCGAAGGUAUUGACACGUAGCUGGGAAGUAUAAUGGUAGGAUUAAGGGUUGCAUUGCUUGGGGUUAAUGACAUGGUAAAACAAAUAUGGACAAAAACAGAGGGGGGAAGAAAGAGCAAAGAGAAAAAGAUGGGAUUUGCAUUUGCCUGUGGUACUUGAAAACUUUGAAAAGGAAAAUAGAGAAAGGAAUGGAGCGGAAAAAGAGGAACUAACCCAACCCAUCUGUUUGAUUUCAUUGCAUUGUUUGAAGCUGGAGAGAGAGAGAGAGAGAGAUGGGCGGGUAAAAAGCGUGAUGGAGGAGUGUGUAUGCAUGUGUGUGCGGUUAGAGACGUUUUAGCUUAAAAUCGCGUAGCGUGUGAUGGUGUGAGCAAAACAGCUCCUUUGUAAUCAUCAUUCUUCCUUCAACAGACGUUACAUGUGUUCAACAUCUCCAGAUAAUACGAACUCCUCUCCUCUGCUACAGCCACCCCAAUCAGCCUCAUACCAUACAGAUCAUUAAGAAAGGCUUCCAUAUAUAUAGAAAUAUGGAGCAUGAGCUGCGUGACAGCAAGAAAAGAGUAAGAGAAGGAGAUGAAGAACAUAUGAUUUGUUCAGAGAAGCAUGCAAAGACCAAAUUGGAUGAUGAUA